AUGUUUAGGCAAAUUUUAAUUAUCGACAACUUAUCCGGUAUAUUUCCACUACUACUAUCAUUACGCUUUCAACAGUUACACACAUUAAUUCAGCUAAUCUUUAUUCUCUUAUUGCUAUUUUUAUCAAAAGCUAUCAAUGCUAUUGAUAUUUGUACGCAACCGGAAAUGGCUUGCGGUGCGCAACUUCGUUCUUAUCCGUUGCUUAGAUUAGAAGAAGUUUCCGGAAGGAAUAUUGAAUCUGCUAUGAAUGAUUUCCCAUUGUAUGAUGAAUUUUUUGCACCCAAACAUACAUUUAAUUUUUCAAAAACGGCUAAUUUAACUGAUGAAAGAAUUUGUGAAUGCUCAAAUGAAACAAGUUGCCAGCUGAAUGAAGAAAAUAUUAUCAAUUUGGACGAAAUGAUUACGCUUAUAUUUUGCGAUCGGGUUGAUAAUAUAUUUAGGCAUUCAUGCCAUGGAACACGAAGUUUAAUUCGUAUUAUUGGCCGAAUUCAUGAAUCCGGUGAAGCAUUAACAACUGUUGUUGAAACAUUUCUUUUCUGUAAAUGUGAACGAGGCUAUCGACGAAUUCGUGUUGAAGCUUGGUUAAAUCAUUUAUAUGCAUUUAUUUAUCGAUGUUUAUAA